AUGAACUACAUCGAAUACGGAAUCAGCCGCAUCUUCGCAAGCGCCAAAGGCCGCGAUGCGCGCCUUUUCACCAAGGGACCUGCCUUUACCCAGAUCCCCGGCCCAACUUUCAGCCUCAAGUGUACCGAGGUUGGUCCCUCCGGAUCAAGAAUGCCCAUCGACCUCUCCGCCGAAGGCCUCGGCCGCUUCCCGACUCUGAGCUGGUCUGCCGCAACACCUGAUAUCAAGGAAUACUUACUCGUCAGUGAGGACCCGGAUGCUCCUCUGCCGUCUCCAAUCAUCCAUGGCAUUUAUUACGGUAUCCCGGCCAGCAAGAUGGGUGUGAGCGAUGUGGACUUUGAGGUUGCAGAAGGCGAGUACAUGCUCAAGGGCGGGUUCAAGUACGGCAAGAAUCGUCGGGGAACUGUUUAUAUCCCGCCGCGUCCGCUGUUGGGCCAUGGUCCACAUCGGUACUUUUUCACCCUUGUUGCUCUCAGUCAGCCUGUCGAUACGUCUAAGAUGAGUCCCCUGCCGACUAUCGAGGAAAUGGCAAAGGAGAUUGAGGGGAAGGUCAUGGGCUGGGGUGAAUGGGUUGGUUCGUAUGAGAGGAAGUGGGAGUGA